UUCCAGGCCUCGGUUAGUCGUGCGAGUGCGAGGUUCGCGCAAGCUCGCGUGCUCGUAGUCGUCGAGCUUUCCACUCGUGCUCGUUCGGUCGCCUCCCUCGAGGAAGAGACGAACGGAACCCUAUCUCGGGAAGGUCGGACCGAUUCGACUCGUCUUCCGAGAAAAUUUCGAGGAAGAUCUUGGGAAAAACGGGAGGAUAAAAGAGCCACAAAGGACGACGAUGACGGAGGACGAGCAGGACACCCAGUCGGGAUUCGCGAGAUAGUGGAGGACAAUCCGGACGAAUGAUAGCGGCGAGCAGUCAUCUCGGGGCGAUUAGCAGCUUAAUUGAUCAGGCUCCGCUGUUUCGUAAGAUUUAUCGGAUUUAGCAACAAUGGGCUGGGCUCUCACCAGCCUCGGAGUGGCUUUGGUCAUCGUCAUCGCUGCCGGUGCUACACUUGUCCUUUGCAGAAGAUAUUGCAUCGGAUGGCAAUUUGGCACGAGGAAUGUCUGGAGCGUCUGCGAGGAAUGGAGGCAGAGGCUUUCUUGGCUUUGGGCACCACGGGAGGAAAAGGUGGGAUUGGUGAAGGCUCAGCAUCCGACCGCCCAGACAAUACCAGGCCUAUAUCGCCAGACUGGGAAUACCUCUCAACAUCUCCUGCAUAGCGAUAGCGACCUCCGACUAGACGCGCAAGGCGCCUUUACUAGAUUUGAGGCUGUCGACAGGGAUUUACAUCCACCCCUUGGCGGCAGCACGAUACCACCGCAACCGCUACGACCGGCUCCUCAGCCACGACCGACCGCUCGUCCGAGGCCGUCGCCACUUCAGACGCCGAGUACCGUCGACUACCUGAAGAUGCACGAGGCCGGUCCGGGUCCUCUGACGCCGCCUCCGUCGUUGCAGAGAGGAUCGAUACGAUCGAGACCUCCCGGUCCGUCCGUGUUUCACUUUCAGAGCGAGCCGCCGAAGAAUCACGGUCCUUUUCCACCCUCGAUCGAACAUUCCGCCUUCCUGUUCGACGAUCCGAAAACGAUAGUGGAAAAUAUUCAGAUGACACCUUAUCCCGAUCAGAAUCAUGUAGAUUCUAGAUCCAUCAGACAAUUUGAGCCUCCUUCCAAAGACCCGACGCGAUUUAGGUACGGGAUGAGUCAUCCCCUGGAUGGUCAUCUGGACAGCGAGGAUGUCAAUCGAAAUUACGGCGGCUACGAAAUCGUCCAGAGGAAUCACAUGGCGCGAUCGUACGCGAGGAACGACUCCAGAGGGUUGCCGAACAGCUUCGGCGCGACAAAUUCGUCGAACGCGACCAGUCAGAUGAUCAUGGAAUCGAUAUACGGUCCGCAAACCGUCUCCAAGAUGCUUCAGAAUAGUGACGGGCUGAACGACGAUCACAAUCGAAAGAACGGCGACGUGCAGAACAUCGAGAUGACCCCGUUCAAGAGUACCAUUUCCAGCCAUCAGGAGGAUGUCGAUUCCUACAUCUUUCAUGGCUCUCUGUCCAAAUCGCAGGACCUCCAACGCGUCUCCCAGUACAUUCAGAGUCUGCCCGAUUUUCCCGUUUACGAGCCCGUGAACGAGCUCCAAGCGUACCCGAGUCGGGAAUCGAUACUGUUCUCGAACGCGAUUCAGGGAUCGAUCGGAGACGAGGCGAAGAUCACGAGCGAAUCGGCCUCGAGCCCGAUACCGCCGCCACCGGCACCGCCAGAUCCACCGGAGGAGAUCCCUAAGAAGAGUAGCCCGACCACCGGCGAGAAAAUCUUCAGCGCGCUCAGGUCCGUCACCACCCAGAGCUACAUAGAUGCCUCGGAGUUUUAUAAUUCGGUGCUUUCCUCUGCGCAACAAAUACAACGGCUCACGUUUCCGUCGUUCGUAAACGAAAACACCGAAGAUAAUUUGCAGGAUGCUGAAUAUUUGCAAGAUAUGCGGGAUAUUUAUGCGGAAACCGAUCCGGAUGUGACCGGUCUAGAUGGUUCGAAACGGAGUUCCGAUCUUUAUAGUCCAGAACUGAAUCUGGAAGCUCACAGAACGGCGCAAGAAGUAUACAAUAGUCUACAAGAUCCACCGUCGUCUCCUUUGUUGGUUAAAGACAACAAUCACGAGCCUUACACUUAUUUAUCAGAUCCAAGUUUUACUCGAACGUCGGAGGAUAUUUUCAACAGCCUCGAACAACGACGUAAAAGUAUGGAAAGACUGAACGGCAUUCACGAAUACGUAGAAUUUGAUGCCGAUCCAUCGAGGAGAAGAAACAGCCAAGAACUCUACGCCGCCCUAGAGGAGGUCCAACUGAAGAGACGACUUUCGCAAAGUUUGGAGGAAUCGUAUAUGGGUUAUGGGCUCAACGAUUUUACUACCAGAUUGGGAAAUCGUCGAGGUUCGCUCGGUAUCGAGCCGGAACCACCGCCUGACGAGUCAACCUUGAAGAGAGCAAUCAGCUGCGAGAGCGUAUGUUCCGACACCAGCAUUAAUCUGAACGAUCUCGAAGCGCCCAUUGUAGGUCAUAUCUGCGUCGGGCUCGAGCACGAAAGAUGGGGCGGUCGCGGAAGCGAUUGCGAAGGCGAUUUGGUCGUGAGCGUCCUGGAGGCCAGGGAUCUCGUUGCCACCGACGAUUCUCCGGCGAAAGAUACUUUUGUUAGGGUGUGUCUUUUACCCGACAGGCAGACCCACGUGCAAACAAGGAUUUAUAGGGGAUGUCCAUCGCCCAGUUAUCAGGAGAAAUUCCUAUUUCCCCUUGAUGGCGGUCCGGCAGGCAAAACACUUCUCGUUGAGGUGUUUUCUGAUGACUCCAGCAUUGGCGGCGGCGCAUCGUUAAUCGGUGAAGCCAGUUUAAAGCUCGGAUCUGUGGCGAGGCCACCAGCUACGACGUGGUUACCGCUCAGUGGGCCUGCCUUACCUACUCCACACUUAGGGGAGCUGAUGUUUUCUCUCAGUUACUUGCCAACGGCGGAGAGACUCACUCUCGUAGUAGUUAAAGCCCGCAACUUGCGCGGUGCAAAUUCAACUCCGGGUGAUUUUUUCGUUAAGGUAUAUCUACUUCAACAAGGGAAAAAAAUACAUAAAAAGAAGACGUCCGUUAAGAAAGGAGAGAAGAGUCCGAUUUUCAACGAAGCGAUAAUAUUUAACGUGCCAGCGCACGCUUUACAGACUAUACAGCUGAGAUUGACAGUGGCGGAAUUGAACGGCGAUCAAGGUACGAAUCCAAAGGCGUACUCUGUCGGCCACAUCAUCAUAGGAUCUACCUCGACGGGAAAAGCGCUGGCGCAUUGGAGACAAAUGUUAGCGGCCUUGCGGCGUCCGGUCGCCAUGUGGCAUCCUCUCAGGAAGUAGAAGCGGAAUCGUCGCAUUUCGCGGGACGAGAGCGAAAGAGAAGCAGAGUCUUAAAAGUAUCACUUUUCAUGUACCAUCUCGUAUAAAAUUUUGUGUCACGCCCGCGUUCUUUGAUGUAUUUAUGCGUGUCCGGAAGAGAUAUACGCGCGUACUCUUAUAUAAUCUAAACGUAAAACACUAAGAUACAAUCAAUCUCUCUCACGCAGUGUUGCGUGUCAUAAGCAUCCUAUCUAUCUAGUACGUUAACGAUCGAUCGGACCACUGUAUGUGGCGAUAUCGUUUGACAAAGAAAUUUACAAUCACUGCGGAAUUUCUACUGCACACCGCGUUUUGAGCCGAUAUUAAGUAUCUUAAUUGUCCAAUUUGUCCAGAAAAUGAAUUCGUCGUCAAGGCGCAAAUUUUGCGCUUACGUCGUUAUCCGAGAAAUCGUGCAAAUCUCAAACAAUUAAGGCCCCUGGAUCUUAGCCGCGACAAUGUUAGAUUGUGACGUCAGAGGCGAGAAAGCACACGCUGAAAAUUCAUAGACGCUGUUUUUAAACGAAAAUAUAUUUUAAUAAAACACUACUUUAAAUGGCUUUAGCACACUUUUAAAAUACCUAAUAGGAAUUUAAAAAAUGAAAAGUAUUCUUUUCUUGAUAGUCAGUCAACAACUGCAAAAUGAUCGUGAUCAUAUCAGACUUUGUCAUGCGGAAUGACUGCGCAUGUGCAAAGACCAGACGGACUGGGCCUCAUAUUACAGCAAUUUUACAGUUAUUGGUGGAUUAUAAAGGGAAAAGGAUAGUUUUUGAGGUAUUUUAAGAAUUUAUUAAAGUUAUGAAGUGCUGCUUCAUCGAAAUAUUUUAUUUCAAAAUGGUACGAAUUUUUAGUGUGUGUUUUCUCUGACAUCACAAUUCCAACAUGGUCGGCAAAGAGUCAGGGGAGCCUUAAAUAGCAAAAUUAAGUAUUUCUUUUAAAAGGAUAGAUAAAAGGAAUGGAUGGCGAAAUUUGAUGCGGUUGACUGAAUGUGACGCAAAAUUUCUAGCAAUGUGUUCUGUUACAUAUCUCUCUCUUGAAGCAAUUAACUCUUUGAAGCAAUUACUUUUUGAAUUGUAUGGAUCUCUCUUUUAGAGAAUAUUUUAAUUGCAAGUUCCUCUCUCUUAGAAAUCAAAUUACAAACGUUUGACGUCAUGCGACUUGAAACUUAAUUACAUAAUUAAUUAGUAAAUCAUUCAUCUUUUCCUUCUUCACUUUCGUAAUUCAUUUAUCACUAUCAUAAAAAUGUUGGCUUUUUAUUUUCCUGGGAUAGACGAAUUUUUAGUUUCUCGACAUUAUCUAUAAUAACACUUUGCUUGCGUCAUAAUUGAAUAAUUAUCAUUCAUAAAAGAAUAAAUACAUAUUGCGCAGUUAUAGCCGUAAAUAAAAGCGGUAAGAUUGUAUUUUUUCACAUAUGUGCGCUAAUUCUAAUCGCACGAUCGAUUACGAUCCAUUCCACGACAAGAUAAUGCACAAUGCACGGCAAGAUAACGCAUAAUGAAAAAUCAAAGCCCAAUUGCAAUAUUCGAUGGUGUCGGAACUAUGUUGAGUUGUUGAAAGACUUACAGCUCUUGCAAUAGAUAUGACGAUUCUGCAUUCAUGAAAAAUAAGACAUAGUUCCCUAUAUAAAUGUUACGUAUUGAUUUUUGGGCUAUUAUGUUAUAUGUCUCGCCUUUUAGAGAGAAUAAUUAAAGGUCACAAUUUUUUACUAUUAUUAGAAUUUAACUAGAGUAAACAUAAGAAAAGAAUAUCGUAAAAUUAGUAUGUAAAAGAAGUAACUGUAGAUCUCUUUUUCCUGUAAUUAUCUCACGAAAAGUCCCAUCGUUGUGUAUGAUGGUGACCCAUAUAGUGACGUGUGUGCCUGCUCAUUCGCAAUUUGUAGUUUAAAAAUUUGUUAAACAUUUCCCAAGUUUAUUAUAACAAAUAGCAGAAUUUUCAUUUUUUGCAUUUUUCUCGUCAAGAUAAAAAAAUGAAUGUUAUUUUGU